GCGAUGCUCGCCCCGAGCCCGUGGUGGUUGGGGUGGGGGCAGCCGGGCUGCGAGCAAACCCUGCCGUGGUAACGCUUCCGAGCCCGAGUUUGUGAGCGGGGAGCGCGUGUGUGAGUGCGGGGUGAAGGCGAGGCACGGGGUCACCCCCUGUUUUGGGCUGUCCUGGACGAACCCGAGCGGUGAAGGAGGCGGAGGUGGCACAGAGCUGUGUGAACGCGCUGUGCCCAGCAGCGGCAGGUCUCGCACCGUACAGGUGAGCGGCACUAGGCCUCGGGCAGCCACAGCAAAGCUCUGCCUGGAGAGGAGGCCUCUGAGCUGAGAGCACAUCCCACCAAUUUCAGGGCACUGCGAACCCUUCCAGUGCCAGGGAGCUCACAGGACAGCCCUUUUAGACACAUCUGUAAAUGCUGCGCCGUGUUUCCUUUUCACCUGCUGGCUCGGAGGCUGCAGUUCAGAGUUGUGUUGUGGCUUUCCCAAAGGUUACGCGAAAGGAACAGCAGUGACAAGGGGCACGUCCAUCCCUGACACUAGUGGGGGCAGAACAAUAGGGAGCUGUGUGUUCUGUAGAUAACUCAGUGUUAGAUUUUAGGUGGAUCAGAACACACAAGCUCAAUUUACAAAUAAAAUUCAGGCUGUAGCAGCCAUUUUACGCCCACCUGGUACAAUCUGGAGGGUUAAGUUCUGUUCCAUCAGUUAAAGCUGUAAUGCUUUCCGUAUCUAACGCGUUCAUACGGCUCGUUCCUCCCAGCGAGAAGCACGCCUGAAGCUGCAGCUGCCUGCUUGUUACAGGACGUUAGCUGUCAGACAAAGAUGGUUAAAUGAUGUAUGAGCAGGGACUUGUGUAAAAUCAGUCUCCCGCCUAGAGAGCACUCUCUUGUCGCUGUGGGAGGAAGUAACACCCUCGGUCUAGCAAGAAAGUCCUGCUCUAUUGCUUGUUAGCGCUCUUUUUGACUAGUGCCUUGUAGAGUUGGUGUAUUUUAUAUUUAAUGAAACAAUAGAUCCUGACAUGUUUAAAUAUAGGACACUUUUUUUUUUUGGUUGUGGGAAUUAUUAAGAUAACCAAUUCUUGACCAAAACAGUGAAAAUAAACUGGGAAACCAUAACAGAAAAACUUUUCGAAAUACACCCAGCCCUGCUAAGGUUGGAGCUCCUGGGAAGGCUGAACAUGAGGCUGGGGCAGAAGCUCUGCUGGAACAGCUCUGACAGCGAGCUGACAGACUCCCACGUUGUUGUCCUCCUGGAGCCCCGGGUCAUGGCUGGAAACAACCACCACAAAGCGAUUCCGUAGUUGCAAAAAAUAUGCUCGGGAAAAUGCUCUGAAAGUGAACUGGAUAGUGCCUACCAGAGCUCAGUCCGCCUGAAAAAACCUACCUUCACCCACGGGCCUGUUUGUCAUCAAGAGGGAAACUCUCCAACAGCCUAACGCUGCGAGUGAUGGGCUCGGAGAACAGCGCUUUAAAGAGCUACGCACUGGAAGAGCCGCCGUUCACGCUGCCAACUGGACACACGAUUUAUCCAGCUGUGCUACAAGAUGGCAAACUGGCUUCCGUCUUCGUGUACAAGCAGGAGAACGAAGAUACAGUUCAUAAAGCUGCCAAGCACCUGAAAACCUUGCGCCACCCUUGCCUUCUGCGCUUCCUUUCUUGUACUGUGGAAGCCAACGGGAUCCACCUGGUUACCGAACGCGUGAAGCCUUUGGAGAUGGUCCUGGAGACGCUCUCCUCUGCAGAAAUCUGUGCAGGGAUCUACGACGUGUUGCUGGCGCUCAUUUUCCUCCAUGACAGGGGAAACCUAACGCAUAACAAUGUUUGUUUAUCAUCUGUGUUUGUAAGCGAGGAUGGGCACUGGAAACUGGGAGGAAUGGAAACAGUCUGCAACUUCAACGAAGCCACGCCAGAGUUCCUCUGUCACGUCAAGUCGGUCCGAGACCAGUCGUGCAUCCCAUGCGAGGAGAUGUCUGCAGAUUUCAAAAUUCUGCCCAGCAGCUACGGGCAUGCAAGGGACGCCUACGCUUUUGGAACAAUGGUUGAAAGUCUCCUGACGGUCCUAAAUGAUCAGGUUUCAGCAGAUAUUCUCUCCAGCUUUCAGCAAACCUUGCACUGUACACUGCUGAAUCCAGAUCCAAAGUGUCGUCCGCCACUGUCCAGCCUGUUGUCUCACGAGUUCUUCAGGAAUGAUUUUCUGGAAGUUGUGAACUUUCUGAAGACCUUAACAGUAAAAUCUGAGGAGGAAAAAACUGAAUUUUUCAAAUUCCUGCUGGACAGGGUGGCUGGCUUGUCAGAGGAGCUGAUAGCAUCACGACUGGUGCCUCUUCUGCUCAACCAGCUUGUGUUUGCAGAACCUGUAGCUGUCAAGAGUUUUCUUCCUCAUCUGCUGGGUCCAAAGAAAGAGCAAACUGGAGAAAGCCAGACCAGCUGCCUCCUGUCGCCAGCCUUGUUCCAGACUCACGUGAUUCCUGUGCUGCUGAAGCUAUUUGAGGUUCACGAGGAGCACGUUCGAAUGGUGUUGCUGUCUCACAUUCAUGCCUAUGCAGAACUAUUCUCUCGGGAAGAGUUGAAAAACAUCAUAUUGCCACAGGUAUUGCUGGGCCUUCGAGAUACUAGUGACUCUAUCGUGGCAAUAACACUGCACAGCUUAGCAGUUCUCGUCUCCCUCCUUGGACCUGAAGUAGUUGUAGGUGGUGAAAGAACGAAGAUUUUCAAAAGCUCUGCACCAAGUUUCAUGAAAACUGCUGAUCUCUCCCCAGAAGACUCACCCAGUCAUGUCGGAAGCAAUCGGAGAAAUCAAACCACUCGGCCCUUGAAGAACAAUUCUAGCUUGCUCCCCAUCUCUGGAAAUGCACCUGUCAAGAACCAUUCUGUGCAACAAGACAAUCCACUGGCUUUAAAGACAGGUGAGCAAGGCACUCAGCUGCCCUUGAAUGGGGCUCCUGGAGGCAUUAAUGUGCUAGGGAGCAGCAGGAGCUCUUUGACUACCUCCGAAAAGCCAGCAGAGGAGUGGCCGGACUGGAGUGAGCCAGAGGAGACGGACACUGAGAAAACUGUGAACAUCCAAAUUCAGCCCCGAGAGCUGCAGGGCAGGGCAGGACCUUAUUUUGCUGAACGUGAUGUGGAUGAGAAGCCUUGGGAUGACUUUGAGCCCAGCAGCCCUCAUACUGAACUGUCCUCAGGGAACUGCCUCACUGUGACGCGAGCUGAUGCAGCUGAAAUGCAGAGGCCUCCACCAGGUACCCAUCAGCUGAGCAAAGAAUUCGAAAGCCUCAAAGUGAGCCCCCCCAUGAAGUCCUGCCCUGGGAAUAGCUGGAAUAGCAACCACCAGGAGCAACUGGGAAAAACUGUACUGCCAAAAACGACCUUUCAGGAAAGGUUGAAGUCUUCACUGGAGCCUGGCCUAGGAGAAGAAUUCACAAUUAAAGUGAAGAGGAAACCAGUGCAGGACCCUGAGCUGGACUGGUUUGCUGACAUGACACCAGACAUUAAACCUUCUUCAGCGGUCUUGAUUUUACCUGAAGCGAGGACAGAAGCAGUUGUUCCCAGUCACUCUGGUGCAGUAUCCAGCAGAGAAGGUGCCUCCCAGAAUGUGCUGUUUUCCUCCAAAUUUGCAGCAGCUGACAUUAUUGAGGCUGAAGCUGCAGGCUGGGGUGAAGAAGAAGAGUUGAACUGGGAAGAUGAUUCUAACUGGUAAUGGGACUGAAAGAGACAAAGGCAAUUUAUGGUGUGUUGGAUUCUGUAAGAGAAGUCGCUGCUUCCACACUCUAAUGGAUAAGUACCUCAGCGCUGCUUUUGGGAGAAGGCAGGCACUUGCUGCAGCAGCCAGCAGGAUCCCAGGGGGCCUGACCCCUUGCACUGGAUGCUCCUUUCCAGUCUGUGCCAAAAACUGCAGGGGUGAGGCCUGCACUCAAGCAAUAUGCCCAGCUGUGGUGCGUGCCACUGCUACUGGAAAGAGGGACAGCACGACAGGUGUGUUGGUGCUGGUGGACUACUGGAGGCCGAGUGAUGUAAGUGAUUGUUCCAGACCUCAUCCCUGCUCUGAAAAACUGAUGACAAUAAACAAAAGUUACCCUGA